AUCGUUGAACGGGAUGAUUUUUGAAAACUUGAACUCUUUGGAAACCCUGAAUUUGCAGAACAACAAACUGAUGCAUAUUCCGGAAGAUGUGAUGGAACCAAUCUUGGAUACACUCCGAGUUGUCGACAUAAUGGAUAAUCCACUUCUAUGCGACUGCGAGCUGCAGUGGUACAAGAACUGGCUCCGCAACCCCAAGGACAAGGACGAUGAGAUGAUGCAAAAGAAAAGGACAGUCUGUACAAUGCAGCACGAGCACAGAGAGUACAGCUUGCAGAGUCUCCCACUGGACAAGAUGAAAUGCAAAAUCAAGUCGUACGAGAAUUCAGCGUACAGCGCCGCCACCAGGCAAGCGGGAGUACUAGAAACGUCACUCUUGUUGAGUAUAUGCGUUCUGAUUGGUCAAUUGGCGAUAGCUAGUUAAAAUUUAAAAUAUAACGGUAUAUAGAAUUAAAAUCUAGAUGUUUUUAUUAGUGGAUAUAUACAUUCUAUAUGUAGAAGGGGUUUUGGUAUGGUUUUGGCAGGAUAUGUGUGAUUUUAAAUCAGGGAAAGGAUUAUUUUAGAUAA